AACUUUUAUAUAAACGCACGCCCCCCUCUUAUCUCUCGCCCCCCACCCCCAUUCCCACCUCAUCCUGUUCGUGCUGCCUUCACUGCUCCCCCGCCGUGCACUCGCUCAGUUCUCAGAAAUUGCAGAAACCGGAAGGACAGCGUGACACUGUUCCUGCGUAAGCCAGGAACCACAUUUUAGAUCUCCUGUUGCCCGGGAUUUUGGGCAAAGCAGGGGACCUUCAAGAUGAGGCUCAGAGCAGGCGUUUUUACCGUGGCCAUGCUCGCCAUUGCCGUGCUCUCCUCCCCAGCAUUCGCGCAGAAGACGAAGAGCCCCCCUGCUCCGCCGGCGGCCGUCCUCCCGCCGUCCCCAGCGCCGGCUCCGGCGCCGCGCCAUGUGGACCUCGCGGAUCUCCUGAGCGUGGCCGGCCCGUUCCACACCUUCCUGGACUACCUCCAGAAGACCAGCGUCCUGGAGACGUUCCAGAGCAAGGCGAACGACACCAAGGAGGAGGGGAUCACCAUGUUCGUGCCCAAGGACUCUGCCUUCGCGGCGCUGAGAACGACGACGUUCGCCAACCUCACUAGCGACCAGCUCAAGUCGCUGAUGCUGUACCACGCGCUGCCCAAGUACUACUCGUUGGCCGAGUUCAACAAGCUGAGCAGCCUCAACCCGGUGGCCACCUUCGCGGGGUCACAGUACACGCUCAACCUCACCGACAACAUGGGCAGCAUCCGGAUCAAGUCCAUGUGGUCCAACCCCAAGAUCAGCAGCAGCGUCUACUCCACCCGUCCGGUCGCCGUCUACGAGGUGGACAAAGUGCUGCUGCCGAUGCAGAUCUUCAAGAGCGACCCGCCGCUGGCCCCGGCUCCCGCGCCCGCCCCCGACGACGCCAAGUCCUCUGAUGACGCGCCUAGCCCGGCGUCGGGGAAGCCGGCGAGCCAGAAGGCCAAGGCAGGGUCCAAGAGCGCGUCCCACUGCGCCGGCGUCGGUGUCGCCAGUUACCUGGCGGUCGCCGUCUCAGGUGGCCUGAUGAUGCUCUUAUGAGUGCGAGAGGCUAAUGAGAGAGGUCAGUGGCGGGGUUCAUCCGUGCUGCCCCGCUGCUUAAUUUUUACUACAUGGAUUGUUGCUGAGUUCAUUCUUUGGACAUAGUAGGCGUUGUGCUAGGAUUUGCUAGGAGUAUAUGCUUCUGUGCUUGGUCCUUGUUGAUACUACUUAAUAUACUGCUACUUUAUUUGUGCAUGUAUGCAGAGAGUAUUUCAGUGCU